AAUAAAUAACAAUACUGCACAACACGCCAUGAACAAAGUAAAUACGAAAGUGCUACCAUCUAUUGUUUAUCAGUACUUCACAAAACUAAUGCAUGAAGUAGAGUCGGUCUACGGCACAGUGCCGCCGAGUUCGAUGAAGAAGGAAGUGUUCGGCCUUGUGUGGGGAAGAUAGAAAAAAUCAUGUCGCUGGGAAAAUAACGUAGGAAAGAAAUAAAUUGUUCUCAACCUACGCGGUCGAUCAUACAGCAGAGGUGCUUGGAGAAGCCAUUGAACAAAGGGGAGACAACCAGAAGAAGUGGCGGAUAAUCGUUGUGUAGUUCCUGAGGGCACGAUGGACAUAUAAUGGAGACGAUACGGAUGCGACUUGAUAUAACUUGAGAGUAACUUUGAAAAUUGCUCAUCAACGAUAACAUAACUUGCUGAAGUGUCAACGUGCCCGAAAUGUACCAAACCCUGUCUGGGCAUCACUGCUGAGACAUCAACUCAACAUCGUGGCACGUUCCCACGAUAUAUAACAGGUCCGGAGAGACUGAAUAAUUAAUUGAGUAAGCGAUUUUUCGUUUAAAAUGACGAUGAAUGCAAGCUACUUUGGCCUCCCACUUAACAUGGACAGAGUAUGUCGUGUGUGUCUCUCGGAAGGUACAAAUUUGUCACCCAUAUUCUGUGCUGACCAAGAUGUGGACGAUUUUUCUGGUCUUUCCCAAAAGAUUCAAGUUUGCGGGUCCAUCGACAUCAAUGAACAGGAUGGAUUACCAUCAUUGAUCUGUGAUGUAUGCAUCUAUAAGGCUAGUGUUGCUCAUGAAUUUCGUCAGCAAUGUCAACACUCUGAUACACGUCUCAGGUUGUAUUACAAUAAACCUGCCAGAUGCAAUAUAAUGGAUUCAAGCACGCAAACGGAGCCGCAAACUCGUAUAAUGUUAACAAAGAAAACUAGCAGUCCACAAUCAAAUUAUUUCACAAAACAAGGAAUGCAGUCUACAGAUUCUCAAGAAUUUUCCAAUUCGACCGAAUCUUAUACUCAUGCACAGCAAGCCAUAAGUGAAAAUGAUAUCGAUAUCCAAGACGAGAAACUCUUCUUAUGCAACAUCGGUUUUGAGGCGUCAAAGACAAAUGAAAAGGAGUCUAUGUUAACCGCAGAGAGUGUCUCGGAGACCAUGUGUUCUCAGCAAGAAAUAGAAAUACCAAAUGACCCAAUAAGUACUGACCACAAAUCGGAGAUAAAGGAAGACGAACCAAAAAAUCCUGAAACAAUGGAGGAAGAAUAUCUUGACGAAAGAUUAUUGAAUGAAAAUGUAGAAGAGGAUAACAAGCCUCAACCAAAACGAACGUCGUCUCGGAAGACAAAAUCUAUACCAAGCAAAGCGUACAGCGAGGAUGAAUUAGAGGAUGACUAUUACGAUCCCAGUAGUGACAGUCAAGACUCAGAGGAACUAAAAUUCAAGUGUAAGGUUUGUUCUAAACGUUAUGCAACUCAGAAAGGUCUUAAGAAGCAUUCCCUCGUCCACGAUAAAAAGCACAAAUGUAAUAUCUGCUUCAAAAUGUUCUACAAGCUAGAAAACAUGGAGAAACAUAAGAAGGUACACGCCUCCAAGCCACACGCAUGUCAACUGUGUCAUGCGUGUUUCUCCAAACCCCAGAGCCUGGUGCGACAUUUAAAGUCACAUACGGAGAAAGUGAAUGACAUCAUCAAGCAAAUUCGCACGGAAGAUUCAGCGGACGAUAGACCACCUAAAAAGGAACUAAAGAGCGAAGAGGAUACCGAUGACGAAACAGGUGUCACAAACGAACCUGAUGAAUUUGAAAAUGCUCCUGAGUUGUACAAAUGCGAAAUAUGUAGUCAGUACUGUUCUUCCCUAAAGAAUCUUAAAAGACAUACGCUGGUGCACGGCGACAAGAAAUAUUCUUGUACUGUGUGUAAGAAAUGGUUCUUCAGGCCAGACACGCUAAAGAAGCAUGCAGAGAAACACGGCCAUGGACUCCUGGAUAACUUAGUGGACGACAAUAAGCUCUUUGACUCGGAUGACGAUUCAUUUCCAAAUUCAACAGGAAACAUAGAGUCCAGUAACGAGCAUGUGAAGAAGGAAGAGAGUGAGGAAGAGGGCACUGGAGAAUACAAGUGUCAGCAUUGUGAUAAGGUAAUGACUACGAAAAAGGGUUUGCGACGUCAUGUUUCCACACAUAAAUUAAAAUCAGAACCUGUGACUUGUGAAAUAUGUAAAAAAGUCUGUGCCAGUAGAGCACGUUUAACUCUGCACCAGAAGACGCAUAAUAAACCUAAGGAAAAGGUUCCGAGAGAAUACCUUUGUCAUAUUUGCAGUAAAGUGUAUCCUAGCAACUCGUCUUUAACUUAUCACAUGAGAACACAUACGGGGGUUAAGCCACAUGUUUGUAAAACGUGUAACAGCGGUUUUACAACCACCACCAGCUUAGCGAAUCACAUCCGUAUUCAUACAGGAGAUAAACCUUUUGUGUGCCAUGUCUGCAGCGCAGCAUUCGCUGUGAGUUCAGCGUUCCGUCGACAUCUGACACGACACACGGGGGAAGCCAAUUAUUUGUGUAAGACCUGCGGCAAGGCCUUUAAGAGACUUAGCACCCUUAAGGAACACACCUAUACUCAUUCCGGUGAAAAGCCGUAUGUUUGUAAAACAUGUGGUGCAGCGUACAGUCACAGUGGUAGCUUGUUCGCGCAUCAGAAACGCUGUCGUGCACAAUAUGGCGAGAUGGUAGUUGAGGAUCACCAUCAUGCAGUUGCGCAUCAUAUUCAUGUGAAUAAUGUGCAGUCAGCUGUACGAUCACUGGCUGUGAUAGGUCAGAUGUUCUAAGGUAAAAGUGUCAGUUCAAGUGCAAUGAAACUCUUCAUCCUUUACUUGCUGACAAUUAACUGAUGAAUGUAGCAGAUGUGCUACUUUGCGAAUCCAUCGUAAGAGUACUAUAGUAGUAAUGCAUGAACUAUUGAGGUUUAUAAGUAAUUAACUCCUUGCACUACGAUUUAACUCAGAAAAAGCCGUGCCCGAGUGAUGCGCCUAAAUGGUCAGGAGAGGAGCCGAAGCGGCGGAGAUCGAGUCCCGAAACUGUACCACGAACAUGUAUACUAGGUAGCACGUGGCCUGCUUUGGGACAAAGAAUCCCAUUCGAGACAUUCAUACUUGGCCCGAGAUUAAGGAUCAUGAGUUCGACUCGUAAUAUUCAAGUUUGGCCUAAAAUUUUCAUCACGAGUCAGACUCGUGAAAAUAGUGCAAGGAGUUAAAUAUACUGCGCUUAAGUAUAUGAGCAGCUGAUGAUGUUUUUUUUAACAUAUAAAUAUGACCGAUGGUUAACAUUCUCCAUAAACGAAUGAAGCACAAGAACUUGAUUUUGCUUUAAGUAUUGUAUUCUGAAUGAAUCGUUGGAGGUUUUAAUAGAUACAUUUGAUGCUUCGAAGCACUGGUUUUUUUUUUAUUGGAUUCAAUGGUGUUAUCAAUACAUUUUUACCAGUGCGAAGUUUCUUAUAUUUCUUUACAGAAAUAUAUUGAUUUGAUAUAUGUACAAAAAAUCGUCAUCAGGAAAAAGUCAAAUUAAUUAUGUGUAUAUCAAAGUAAUUGACAUCAUAAAAAUGGGUAUUUGGUACAAUGCAAACUUCAAUGAUUGUAAUUGCUUCAGACAUUAGAUGGAAGAGACUGAUUACUACUGAUAUAAAGAAAAAUGAAUAACCGAAAAAUUAACCCAGAUUCAUAAUGGUUUAGUACUCUUAAGUUAUUUUAAGGCAAUAUAAUUUUCAACUGGAGCUUUCAAACUAUGAAAUAAUGUAUGGUUAAUAUCUCAAGAUCCUUCAGGUUUAUUUACAAAGUGAAAAAAGUAUUAUGUACUAGAUUUUUUUCAGUAUCUAUUGUAAAAAGUAAAUAUUAUUCAAUCAUUAUAUAAUGGGGUAAGUAAAUGCACCAUUCAUGGAUUCUAUCAUUUGUGAACAUAUAUCACAAAAUUGUAGUAUACAUUUACAUUACUAAAUUAAUUGCUAACUAUACAAUGUAUAUUUUAAGUAUAAAAGCAAUUCACGCUUGGGUCGGCAAUCCGCGUGGUCUUUUUAAACACGACAAAUAGUACGCCCAUAAUUAUUCAAUAGAAUAAAGGAAUCAUAGAAUAUUUUUGCAUAAUAGGAUGACUCGAAGUUAUUGGUCCAUCGGCAAAGAGAGAGCUAUAGCGAUUAUCAACAUUUUUAUUCGCUAUUUUUUAAUGUUUGUUAUAUCUUUACGUAACCAGCAAUUUUUUUGUAAUAAUACAAAAUUAUUACAAAAUACUCUAAAUUAAUACAAAAUCUUGAAAUACUAAAUAGCCGACUAAUGUGCUCUGUAUUACAUUUAUGAAAAUACAGUAGUCUCAAGUUUUUUUUUACUUCUAAAUAUAUAUUAAAAACUGUUAUUGAUAUACAGCUACUUUUAGAUAAAAAUUGUAAAAAUUCUUUCUUUGCAAGAAUGGCACAGAUUUUAUGUAACUGCAUGUCAAGCGACUCAUAAUACAAUAAUUGCAUAAGCUAAUAGUAAUAAUCCUGCUUGUAACAGUGUAGAACAUAAAAUACACAUGAUAUUUAUGUAACAAUAAAAAAAUGAGACAUCCUA